AUGAGUAAAAUGAUAAACGUGGUUUUCUUCUGCCUACUAGCAGCCAAAUUGGUAAGUGGAGCAGCUGUCAAAGAGGGAGAUGUAAUACCGAUCUUAAAGUUUGAAAUCGAAGGACCCAAUGCUGAUGGAACUUACAAGUGGCUGUAUGAAACGGGCAAUGAAAUAAAAGCUGAAGAGUCAGGCUACGUCAAAAACUUUGGCAAAGGAGAAGGGGAAGAAGUCCAAGUGGCGGAAGGAAGAUUCAGUUAUAAGUCACCAGAGGGAACCCCUAUCGUGUUAUCCUAUAUAGCUGAUGAAAAUGGGUUCCAGCCACAGGGUGAACAUUUACCAACUCCACCACCAAUCCCACCAGCAAUCCAAAGGGCCCUCGACUACUUGAAGACACUACCACCAACCGCCGCUACCAACCUACAGCCUCAGUACCAACCAGCACCAUACAAAUUAAGAGGACGUCUAUGA